AUGGAAAACGAGGAGCCUUCUUCUGACCUCGUCGCUAUUUGUCCCCCAAGUAUCUUCGGACCGAUUAUCAUUCCAACUCACAAUAUAUCCGCCCACCCCUCUCUUGCCUCUGUGUACGAACUCAUGGAUGCAAAGUUAGACACCCCGGGAGAGACGCCUUUCCCUUUCUGUGUUGAUGUCAGAGAUACAGCUAAGGCUCAUGUCCGAGCUUAUGAAAAAGUUAUCGCCUCUAACCAGAGAUAUUUGACUGUGUCCAACAUAUAUACUCAGCAGUAG